AUGUGUGGAAGAUCAGUAUUAACAUUAGAACCACAAGAUAUACAAGCUAGAACUAAUACAACUAGAGUAAUAGGUCAAUACCAACAAUCAUAUAAUGUAACAAUCGGUAUGGUUCAACCGGUCAUUGUGGCAAGUGCCAAUCAACAUGUUGUUCAAGCCAUGACAUGGGGAGGUGUAACGAUUGGAACUCAAAUGGGUCUAAGCAACAUUAGAUCAGACAACAAAAAUGGUCUAUUCAAAUCAAUGUUAAAGAAACAAAGAUGUUUGGUGGUAGCUAAUGGUUUCUAUGAAUGGAAACAUCCAACUCAUGGUAAUUCAAAACCUCUACCUUAUUAUUUUCAUAUUCCAAAUCAAGAAGAAAAGACAAAGACAACUUCUUCUUCUUUGUCAUCAUCAGAUUCAAUGAUGAUUAGUGAAUCUGAUAGAUUUGGAGGUAAUGAAAAGAUUAUAGAUAAAUCUAAAACAAUCAUGUUGAUGGCUGGUGUAUACCAAGUUACAAAGGAUAAUGGUGGUAAUGACUCUUAUAGAUAUUCUGUCAUUACAACUGAUGCUUCAAAAGAAGUGUCACCUGUACAUCACAGAAUGCCAGUUAUCUUUAGAGAUCAAGAUGAUAUUAAUAGAUGGCUAUCAGAAAGCACUACCGAUGAAGAAUCCUAUGGUAUGAUGAAACAAUUUAUUGGUCUUUCCUCUCAUAGAGUUCCAAUGUUGGUCAAUAGUAUUAAAAAUAAUGGUCCAGAAUUGAUUGAAAAUGAAAAGGAUUAUUAUUCAAAACAUGGUAUAAAUAGAUUUUUUCAACCAAUCCAAGAUGUACAACAAUCUCAACAAGAUGUACAACAAUCUCAACAACCUAUAGAACAACAAAAUAAUGUGCAAAUACAACCAACAAUAUUAGAUGAAGAAGUUGAAUUUGAUUUUUUCGAUGAUACUCCUCCUCCUUCGUCUUCUUCUUCUUCCACCAUUUCUCAACCAUCUUUUGUAAAUACACAAAUAUCCUCCUCCUCCUCAUCCUCUUCAUCCCAAUCAAAACCAAGAGCCAAUUCAAACACCACAACCAAAAAACCAACUGUAUCAAAAUCACCAUCAAAGUCACCAUCCAAAUCAACUCUUCUUGCCAACAAGAAAUCAUUUACAAAUCCACCCAAAGGUGGAGGUAUUGAAAGGUUCUUUACUCCACAGUAG